GAAGUUGAAGUUGCCGUCGGGGGCUGAGAUUACGAUUGAACAGAAUCACUACUGUAGCUCGCUUCUGGGAAAUUCGGGAGCUUGAGAUUCGGUAGUCACUGGUCAGAAACACUUAGGCCAAAGUGACCAAAAAAACGGACCAAAGUACAAAUACACGGACACAACGGGUACAAGUUUCCUAGGAGUAGAGGAAAUUAUUCAUAAUGUUGGUGUAACAAAUUUCUUUGAAACAGACGCCAUUUUGAGAAUUUUGAAGAUAAUUUGACUAGGAUUUUAAUUCCAUUGAAAUGAGGAAACCUUUACUCUCAAUUUGCUCAAAUAUGUGGAGUUUUCAGUCGGCGUAUUCCAUAUCAUGGACCACUAUGAAGUUCUUUUUUCUUUCCAUUUUAUUAAUUCCAGGAUGUUUGUGUGCCAACGUUGCACUGGUAUUAGAUGAGGUUGAUUUGUUGGAGGUAGUUAGUAUAAAUGACGCUACUACGAGGACGAGUGGUAUGUGUAGUGGGAGAGAUGACAAUCGGGCAUUCCAAAUCACGGGGGAGGAACAACUCACCGUGCCAUUUCAGUCUACUUUCAAAGAUGGCCUUCCAGCAGAUUUUUCCUUAAUGGCCACUUUUAGACAAAACAACAGGACAACAACAGAUGGCAAAUUAUCUAUACCUUUGCUGACAAUUUACAACAAUGAAGCUCGACAGGUAUUCGGGUUAUACAUAGGGAGCGAUGCAAAGUUUCUUCUUAGUGACGAAGAGGCCAGAACAACCUUAGAGAAGGCCACUCCCUUCGAGUCCUGGGACACUAACGAUGGAAACUGGCACAGAAUAGGUAUCAGUGUAAGUGGCGGGAAAGUGACACCUUACUUUGAUUGUGCUCCAGGGGAAGCCAUUUCCUUCAAGCGCAGCAUGUCCCCGGAAGAUGCCUUCAGUACUGAGGGAAUCUUGUUCAUCGGUCGAGACUUACACGAUUCGCCUGAAUUCAAGGGUGAAAUCCAAGACAUGAUUUACAUCCCUUUCCCCGAGGGAGCCAAGGAUGUGUGCCGAUAUUAUUCCCCUGAAUGUAACCAGGAUUAUUUCACUAUUAGUACGGGAAAGUCGGAUCAAGGUUUCGUGGACAAAUCAAUGGCCGCCGUGACCGGAGAAGGUGGAAUCGAGGUCACCGGGCAGAUUGGAGGUGGUGAGGUAGUGAUGGUGGACAAGUCCGGUAUAGGGGGAGGCGCCCAGGGGAUAGUGACGGUCGAUAAAUCAGGCAUGGGCUCAGGAGCGGAAGGAGUAAUGAUGGUGGAUAAAUCUGGUGCUAUGCAAGUUUUAGAUAAAUCUGGUGGAAUCCUUGUUGAUGCUAAAACUGGCGAAACCGUGGGUAAAGUUGGGGGUGCCGUGAAAGUGAGCAUGGAAGGAGCACCCUUGGUGACGUAUGAUGCGUCUACUGGUGUGUCGUACGCCUACAGAUACGGAGAGGCCGGACCACCAGGGCCAUUGGGUCCCCCAGGACCACCGGGAGCGAAAGGACAGCCGGGUUUUGACGGACGCGAUGGUAUACCAGGAGCAUCUGGUUUGACAGGACCUCCAGGGAAUGUCUUCAUCAUCGAUGCCAACUUUGCAUCCAAAACAUCUCACCAGGCCCAAGCAUUUAGAGAAAUUCUUGGACAACACAUGCUUGCAAUGCGUGGUGCCCCAGGACCUCAAGGAAUGACGGGUCUCGCUGGACCUGCGGGACCUCCGGGAAUGGACGGUCCUAAAGGAGAUGUAGGGAACCCAGGAGAACAGGGCGUUCCGGGACCAAUGGGAUUCCAAGGUCUUGUAGGGCAGCCAGGAGAAAGGGGACGGUCUGGUUUGGAUGGAGACAGAGGAGAGUUAGGACCUCCAGGGGAAAAGGGGCCACCAGGAUAUCCCGGCAUGCCCGGAUUUCCUGGAUCAAAAGGAGAGCGGGGCCACAUUGGACCAACAGGUCCCACCGGUCAAGUCGGGCCAGUAGGCAAAGCGGGAGACAUUGGUGAACAGGGCCCAGUUGGCCCGCCGGGAGAAAUCGGUCCAAGAGGUUUCUUAGGACCCCAAGGUCGUUCUGGGCCCAUGGGGCCUCCGGGUCUUCCCGGGGCGGAAGGAUCUCCUGGACCGAAAGGAAAUGUGGGAUUAUCAGGACCCCCAGGUGCCCCCGGGCAGUCUGGCGCCCCUGGAGCAACAGGCCCUCCGGGACCCCCUGGACCCCUUGGACCCCCUGGAAUCAACGGCCCUAUGGGUAAGCCGGGUCUUCCGGGACUACCAGGACCUGUAGGACCACCAGGUACUCCGGGAAAUGCCGGCGAUCCAGGCAUAAAGGGAGACGAGGGUACAAUGGGUAUGCAGGGUGUAACAGGGUACCCAGGACCACGUGGUAUCAAAGGUGAUUCCGGACCAGUCGGAACUCUGGGGAAUAAAGGUGCAAAGGGUGACAUUGGCUUAGUGGGAUCAAAGGGAGAUUAUGGCAACCGAGGAGAUAAAGGUAUACGAGGAGAACCUGGGCCCCCGGGUCUAGAGGGGAUUGAAGGCGUCAAGGGAGAUCCAGGGCCACGUGGUGAUUCAGGAGAAGCAGGUCCCCAAGGAGAAAAGGGUAUGAUGGGAGCGCAAGGAAUGCCGGGAUAUCCCGGGCCACCGGGACUCGUGGGACCAUCUGGUAGAAAUGGGCGUCGCGGAAGACGAGGAUUGCGCGGGAAACCGGGUUUACCAGGACCAGUUGGAGACAUUGGAGAGCGGGGACCGAUGGGGCCGAUGGGUGAGAGGGGAAAGCCGGGAGUACCAGGGCUUAUGGGACCAAAGGGAGAGACCGGAGUUCCUGGACCACCAGGGUUCCAAGGGGAGCAGGGUAUCCAGGGUCCCCCGGGGCCAGGGGGGCUGAUGGGGCCUACAGGUCCACAGGGUCUCCCAGGACAUGACGGCAUGCCAGGAACCACCGGGGAAAGAGGUUUACCGGGACAACCAGGUAUACCUGGAGCCCCAGGACAGAUGGGAGUCAUGGGAACGCAGGGAUCACAAGGAGAGCCAGGAGCACCAGGAGACAGAGGAGCGCCCGGAAUCUCGGGACCCCCUGGUGACACGGGGCUGUCAGGAGAGGCGGGAGAUAGAGGACAUCCGGGACCACCUGGUCCAACAGGAAACGAUGGUAUCCAAGGACCACCCGGACCCCCGGGAGCUAAGGGGCUGAGGGGCUAUCCUGGUCCACAAGGUAAAGAUGGACUUCCGGGUGAGCAAGGAUCCCCAGGACCACAAGGACCAAUGGGAAUGAAGGGCUCAAUCGGUGACGCGGGGCCAGGUGGAAGCCCCGGUAUACCCGGACCACACGGACCAACAGGCCCUGAAGGACCCCCAGGAACAAAGGGUGAAGUGGGAUUAGAGGGUAACCCAGGUUUACCUGGUCCAGAAGGACCCCAAGGAGCACGGGGAUAUCCCGGGUCCCCGGGACCCAUAGGGCCCCCAGGCGAAGCUGGAGAUAAAGGGCCAAUCGGUGAGCCUGGAACAAGAGGGACAAAAGGAGACCAUGGACAAAUGGGACUAUCUGGACCGCAAGGACCACAAGGUUUACAGGGAAUUGAAGGACCACCGGGUCCUCCCGGAGAACCAGGCAUCCAAGGAAUUCAGGGACCCACCGGGCAUAAGGGUGCCACCGGUCCUGUAGGGCUUCAAGGAAGGCCGGGAUUACAAGGAUUGCAGGGACUUCCGGGUUCUUAUGGGGACAAAGGCGAGCAGGGCGACAGAGGCAUGAAUGGUCCUCCUGGUGCUCCCGGCCCGCAAGGAGAGCCUGGACCAGGAGGUUCAGUUGGUCUGACUGGGAUGCCCGGGCCUCCUGGAUAUGAAGGAAAACAGGGUCUGAAGGGAGAACAGGGCAUUCCUGGCCCUGCGGGCUCGGCCGGAAGUGACGGUACUCCAGGACCAGUCGGAGAACCCGGACCAAAAGGAGAAAACGGAAGAAUAGGACCACAAGGAACAUCCGGAAUCAGAGGGGAGCCUGGUGUGCCCGGAUCAAAGGGUCACCAGGGGAUUGCUGGACCCCCCGGAGUACCAGGGCCACAGGGAUCCACCGGUAUGAAGGGUGAAGCUGGUCGAGAUGGACCGGAUGGAGAGCAAGGCCCCACUGGACCGGUGGGUCCACCGGGUGUGCCAGGAGAGCCUGGAAUUCCGGGACAAUCCGGAAAACAGGGUGAGGUAGGACGACCGGGUAAACAGGGCGAACCUGGCCCCAUUGGUGAUAAAGGAGACCGUGGAGUUCAAGGACCAAUGGGAAGCCGCGGACUACCCGGACCAGCGGGUAAUCCAGGAUCCCCAGGACCGUCUGGACCGCCCGGUGCAUCAGGACCCGUGGGAGAGGCAGGUGCUGUGGGGCCACCAGGAAUUCCGGGAGAACAAGGACUAUUGGGCCCACCUGGACCAUCUGGACCUAAAGGAGAAAUGGGAGAGAAGGGAAUAAAGGGACACAUGGGACGUGUAGGGGCCCCUGGAGUUAUCGGUGACGUCGGAGUGAAGGGUGAACCAGGAGAGCCAGGCCCCCCGGGACCGAAGGGUGACAGAGGAAUUCUUGGACCCGAUGGACCGCCAGGUUUUCCAGGGCCGGAGGGAACGACAGGCUUUCCUGGACAACAAGGACUAUCCGGACCAAAAGGAGAGCGGGGAGAUACAGGACCCAAGGGUGAACCAGGACUUUCGGGAGCCACAGGACCGGCUGGUCCCCCGGGGUCAUCUCAAGCUUUCCCAUCCGAUUUCUUCGCUUCAAAUUUCGGUGGAAAUAAACAACAACGCAGAAAGAAACGUGCUGUCAAUCAAAAGGAAGACCCCCUCCAUUUUGACGUUGACACAUUGAUACAGGACAUGUCGGGACAGAAAUUUGAAUUCAAGGAAGGCGUCACUCUUCUGGUUGGCAAAUUGUUUGGACAAAUAGAAAAAAUAAACGAUGAGAUAGCUAGGAUCCGAUAUCCCACAGGAAAGGACGACAACCCUGCCAGUACCUGUAAUGACAUCAAACUGGGAAAUCCGGAAUCCAAAGACGGAUGGUACUGGGUAGAUCCCACCCUCGGCGCGACUGGUGAUGCCAUCAAAGUGUGGUGUAACAUGACAGACGGAAGUACCUGCCUCCAUCCAACAGAUGACACCAAGAUGUCUCCACUUCAACCAAGAGUAAAAGAAGAAGGACAAUCGUUUAGUGGACUGAAAUCUGGAUUUAGCAUUGAAUAUUCCAAUGAAGUACAACUCCGUCUUCUCCAGCUCUUCAGCGAACGAGCUACUCAGACUUUUACUUAUUACUGUAAAAAUUCUCUGGCUUGGUACGAUGAAAAGUACAAAGAUAAAAAGCGCGCCAUUGUCCUGGAAGGUGCCGAUAAAACAAAGCACAUGACUAAGAAUUUCGCCAAUGUGGUAGAUGGAUGCAAGUCAAGGAGUAGCGAUGGAAAAGCCAUCUUCGAAAUAUCAACAAAGGCAGUUCAAAGCUUACCAAUUAUUGACUUUAUACCAACGGACUACGGACAGUCGCAUCAGGAAUUUGGAUUCGAAGUCGGACCCGUUUGCUUUUCUUAACUUACUACACUCUAGCUCAUUUUGUCUGUAUUUGUUUUAUCAUCUUCAUGUUUAUCUCAAACAAUGUUUUUCUUAGAGAACUGUGUUCUAAUGUCCCUAUAUACAUACACUAUGUAGGAAUACCAAUGUUAUGUUGGACAUAGAAAUUGACAGUCCUUUAAUUUGUUUAGCUGAUAGGAACACUGGUGGUAAACUCGGUUUAUCAUUUAUAGCGAAACUGUGAUUAACCAUUAUAUUGGGUUACGUUUAUUGUAAUCUACACGACAUCUACAGUACUCAAUAUAGCCAGGCGUCAUUAUAAAAUUUAUUACUCACAUAUCGCCCACUAGUAUUGAAUGUAUCGCUCAUAUUGUAUGGCUGGACAAGGACUACAAGUUAUACAUGUGACAGAAGAGGAAAUCAGCUCCGAUGUGUCAUCUAAACUGAAUACAUACUGCAACAAUAGGGUCUCAUUUUAUUCUUCGUAAUAAAUUUCAACCCAAAGUUUCAUACAAUCUCCGAGAAUUAAUCAUACAAUCAGCAAUUGCAGGAUAAGAGGCUGAAAUUAUUAUUUCCCAUAAUUUUUCGUUUCCAGGUAUGUAUCAUAUUUGCACUUGCCAUUUUGUAAAUUGCAUUGUUUUUUGUUUGUUUGGGUUUUUUCACUAGCCCUUUUCACUGCCAAGGCUGUUAUAAUCAUGAAUUACAAAAUAAAGAUUAAAUUGUACAAUU